AUGCAGAGCGAGGCAAGAUAUGUAGCGGGAGCAAAGCAAGGGAAAAUGACCAUAUGUACUAGGAGUUACUGGGCAUUUUCAACAAUUGCUGUGGAAGGGAUUAACAAGAUUGUGACUGGCGAUUUGAUCUCGCUAUCAGAACCAGAGCUAGUGGACUGUGAUAAAUCUUAUAACGAAGGAUGCGAUGGGGGUCUCAUGGACUAUGCUUUUGAGUUCAUCAUCAACAAUGGUGGUAUUGACAGCGAGGAAGAUUACCCCUAUAAAGCUAGAGAUGGGACAUGCGACCAAUACAGGAAAAAUACAAAGGUUGUUAGAAUUGAUGAUUAUGAAGAUGUUCCUGAAAACAACGAGAAGGCAUUGCAAAAGGCAGUGGCAAAUCAACCCGUGAGUGUUGCCAUUGAAGCUGGUGGCAUGGCAUUCCAAUUCUAUGACUGUAAGUUUCUAUCUUGGUUUUUGUUUGGAAGUUUAGAUUAUGAUGAUGAUAAAUCUUUUAAUUAUUUGAAUUUAGAAAGCCUGCACCUUUAG